GUUUUGGCAUUGUUUUUUUAUUAUAAUUUUCUAGACAACUAAUUGUCAUGUGAAUAACAGACAAAAAAAAAUUCAAUAACAUAAAAAUGUCAACUGAGAGCACGACUGAAAGUGAUAAUAACCAGCAAGAUGAUUCCGAUAACUUCGAAACAGAAGAAGUUGAACCAAAAUUAAAAUAUGUUCGUAUGGCAAACGAUCUACAAAAUAUUCUUUUAAAAGAUGCAGCCAGUUGUAUAGCCGUUCAUCCGAAAUUUGUGUGUGUUGGAACGCAUUGGGGUGUCGUACAUUUAUUGGAUCAUCAAGGUGACAAUAUUAAAUGCAAAGAAUUAAAUGCACAAACUCAUUCAAUAUCUGUGAAUCAAAUAUCAAUCGAUAGUAUCGGUGAACAUAUCGCAACUUGUUCUGAUGAUGGUAAAGUAUUCGUUUAUGGAUUAUAUUCUCGCGAUAAUAAUAACACAAUUAAUACUGGUCGAUGUGUAAAAUGUGUAGCGAUUGACCCAAAUUUCUCAAGAAAUUUUCGUUUUAUAACUGGCGAUGAACGAUUAACAUUAUAUGAAAAAUCAUUUUUAAAUCGUUUAAAAUCAACAGUGCUGUGUGAAUCGGAAGGAUUUGUACGAAAUAUUGCAUGGAAUAAUAAUGGACAAUUUGUUGCAUGGGCAAGUGCAAUUGGAAUCCGUGUUUACGAUCUCUACUCAAAAUGCUCAUUAGGUUUAAUCAAAUGGGAGAAUCCAAAUGGUUUAAAUAUCGAUAAUUUUCGAUGUAAUUUACGAUGGUCCGAUCAACGUACAUUACUUAUUGGUUGGAUCGAUACCGUACGAAUUUGUGUGAUUCGAAAACGAACUUACCAAGAGUUACAAAAUAAGGAUUUACCAGAAUAUCGUGUUGAUCCAGUUACAACAUUCCAAACGGAUUUUUAUAUAUCUGGAAUUGCUCCAUUAGAUCAUCAACUUGUUUUAUUAGGAUUAAACAAAGAUAAAGAUAUCGAACAAAAAUCAUUUCGACCUCAACUUUAUAUCGUUGAAUAUACCGAUCACGAUUAUAUUGAAAUUUGUACCGAUUGUCUUACAUUACGUGGAUAUCGUGAUUACAAUUGUAACGAUUAUUAUCUGGAUGUUUUAAUCGAAGAAAAUCGUUUCUUUAUCGUUUCACCGAAAGAUAUUGUAAUCGCUAGUCCAUAUGAUAUUGAUGAUCGUAUCCAAUGGUUAAUCAAUCAUAAUAAAUUCGAGGAUGCAAUGGACGCUCUUUGUGGAAGUCACGAUGUUAAACGAUACGACAUGGUAUCAUUAGGUAAAUUAUAUUUAGAUUAUUUAUUAGGAAAUAAGGAAUUUGAUAAAGCUGGAAAAUUAUGUUCGAAAAUUUUUGGUAAAACAAAAAAUCAUUGGGAAGAAGAAAUUUAUAAGUUUGCAUCGUUACAUCAAUUACGUUCUGUUAGCUCGUACAUUCCACGUAGCAAAGAUUGUAAAUUAAAUCCUCACGUUUAUGAAAUGGUUUUAUAUGAAUUUUUAAAAUACGAUGCAAAAGGUUUUCUGGAGCUCGUUAAAGAAUGGAAUCCAAUUUUAUAUAAUACAUCGGCUGUUAUUAAUGCAGUUUUAGAACAUUUACUUGUAUGCGAUAAAGAUAAAAAUACUUUAUUAGAAGCUUUAGCAAUGCUGUAUUCAUAUGAGGGUAAAUAUGAUAACGCUUUAUCGACGUAUCUUAAAAUUAAGCAUAAAGAUGUAUUCCAAUUAAUUCAAAAACAUAAUUUAUAUAAUAAUAUUCAAGAUAAAAUCGUUGAUUUAAUGGAUCUAGAUAGUGAUAAAACAAUUGCGCUUUGUUUAGAAAAAAAUCGUAUCCCUGCUCAUAUUGUAGUUGAAAAAUUAAAAAAACACGAUUUAUUACUUUAUCGAUACCUUCAUAAGUACAAUAAAAAGGAUAAUAAAGGAACGUAUCAUGCACAAUUAGUUCGUUUAUACGCAAUUUUCGCUCGAGAUAAAUUAUUACCUUUACUCAAAAGCUCUGAUUCGUAUCCGAUACAAGAAGCAUUUGAAAUAUGCCAAAAAGAAAAAUAUUUCCCGGAAAUGGUUCAUUUACUCGGACGUAUCGGGAAUACAAAAGAAGCUUUGGAGUUAAUUAUCACAAAACUAUGUGAUAUGAAUAAAGCGAUUAAUUUUUGUCAAGAACAAAACGACCAAGAACUCUGGAAUGAUUUAAUAAAUUAUUCAUUAACUGAACCAAAGUUUAUAACAUUUUUAUUACAACGGAUUGGUACUUAUGUCGAUCCGAGAGUUUUAGUUGAACGUAUAGAGAAUGGAAAAAUUAUACCGGGAUUAAAAGAUUCACUGGUGAAAAUGUUAUGCGAUUAUAAUUUACAAGUAUCGGUACAAAAUGGAUGCAAGCGAAUUUUAAUGCGAGACUAUUUCAAUUUGCAUGAUAAGCUUGUAAAUUUUCAACAAAAGGGUGUUUGUAUCUCGGAUGAGAAUAUGUGUAGCGCAUGUCGACGUCAAGUUAUUUUUAAAUCGUCGAAUCAAAUAAAACCGUUGGUUUUGUAUAAUUGUCGGCAUACGUUUCAUGAAGAAUGUCUACCAUCGUUAGCGUAUUUAAAUAAUUGUGGGAUCUGUUAUGCUGCUAAAAAGUAAACAAUUUUUUUUUUUAUAAACAUAAAUAUGCUCUCAUUUAUUUGUAUUUUAUUAUUGUAAAUGGUCGUGUUUAUGGUAACUAAGCGUUGAACAGGGAAUCUUGAAGUUGGAGACCAUAAAACUAUGAUUACUCCGUUGUGUCUCAAUAUUGUCGUAUGGUUUCAAUCCAUACAAAUCUGUUUCACAUGCGCAAAGCUUU